UCGACAGAGAUCGGGAAAGAGAUGAUACCAUGACGAGGAGUUGCAGUAGUUCUAGCAACUCAUCUUUCGUUUCUUCAUUUUCUUCAUGGCUUUUGUUUGUUUCAGUUGCACUUCUUACGGGAAUUACUGUUUGUACACUCACUACCGAGACCUCCUUUUGGCUUUCUUUGUCUUCUACGUGGACUUGGAGCUCUGCUUUUCACGUCUUCCCAUCAUCACCAUCUUCUUCUUCUUCGAAAAGGGAUGAGUCAUUAGCAGGAGAAGAAGCUUUGCCUAAUUCUUCCAGCGAUAAUGGUUUUUUGCCGAGUGUGAUCCCAAAACAAACGGAUCUUCUUCCACUAUCAUCAAAAAAACAUGAAGCUUCAGAGGACUUGGCGAUGAGAGGUUCUGAGGUUGGUGUUAAGAGAUAUAGCAAAUUAAUGAGGCUGGAAGCAGGUCUCGCUAGAGCCCGUGCUUCCAUAAGAAUGGCAUCUGCUCAGAGUCGGAACCAAACAUCAACGCAUGAUGACGACGAUCCUGAUUAUGUUCCUCGCGGCCCAAUUUAUAGAAACGCUUUUGUAUUUCACCGGAGUUACUUGGAGAUGGAGAAGAUAUUCAAAAUAUUUGUCUAUGAAGAAGGAGAUCCACCACUGUUUCACAAUGGGCCUUGCAGGAGCAUAUAUUCAACAGAAGGAAGGUUCAUUAACGAGAUGGAAAAAGCAGGAAACCAUUAUCGGACCAGAGACCCUGAUGAAGCUCACGUUUAUUUCCUACCCUUCAGUGUUGUAAUGAUGGUUCAGUUUCUCUAUGUCCCUGAUUCCCAUGAGAUUGAUUCCAUUGGGCGGACGGUGGUCGACUACAUAAACAUCCUUUCAGCCAAGUAUCCCUACUGGAAUAGAAGCCUCGGCGCAGAUCAUUUCAUGCUUUCCUGCCAUGACUGGGGACCACGCACAUCUGCCUACGUCCGUGAGUUAUUCGACAACUCCAUACGGGUUUUGUGCAAUGCAAAUACGUCAGAAGGAUUCAAUCCUUUGAAAGAUGCAUCGUUCCCAGAAAUUCACCUUAGGACCGGAGAAAUCACAGGGCUUCUGGGUGGUCUAUCCCCCUCUCGUCGUCCUUUGCUUGCAUUCUUUGCCGGACGUUUGCAUGGGAACAUACGACUACUUCUUCUACAAGAGUGGAAAGACAGAGAUAAGGAUGUCCAAGUCUACGAUGAGCUCCCAGAUGGAAUGUCGUACAACGAGAUGUUGAAGAAGAGUAAGUACUGCUUAUGCCCAAGUGGGUAUGAAGUGGCUAGCCCAAGAAUUGUUGAGGCCAUCUACGCAGAAUGUGUUCCAGUGCUAAUAUCAGAUCAUUACGUCCCCCCAUUUAGUGAUGUUCUGAAUUGGAACUCCUUUUCAGUACAAAUUGCAGUCAGUGACAUCCCCAACAUCAAGACAAUUCUAUCGAGCAUUUCGCAGACUCAGUAUAUAAGAAUGCAGAGGAGAGUAAAGCAGGUGCAGAGGCAUUUCGUGGUGAACGGACCGCCACAGAGAUUUGACGUCUUUCACAUGAUUCUUCACUCAAUUUGGCUCAGAAGGCUUAAUAUUCACAUUCGCGACUAACUCUUCUUCUUCUUCUUCUUCAUAAUAACAGAUAUUUGACGUCUUUUACAUGAUUCUUCACUCAAUUUGGCUUUGAAGGCUCAAUAUUCUUUAUGGCGCGGCCAACUCAUUAUUGUUUGAUUUGUUUAUAUUUGUUAAACGAUAGGAGUUUGACAAGCUUGAAUUUGUCUAUAAUUGUGUUUGAGCUGCAGUGAUCGCCACUCUCUCUAAGCUAUGAUAUGAUUCUUUGCUACUACACGUUAUUGCUUGAUCAUCAAUCGUGAUGAUGUGUUGAUGCUUGAAAAUGGAAUAGGCCA